AUAUUUACUCCUCAGGACCCGUUAGAGACGGUGCGGGAGAAGUGUGAGCAGACGGAGCAUUGUGUUCACGCUCGUGAGCGUCUGGAGGCGUGCGAGACGCGGGUCGGCUCUCGCUCGGAGACGACAGAGGACUGUACAGAGGAGCUCUUUGACUUCCUGCACGCUCGGGACCACUGUGUGGCUCACAAGGUUUUCCAGUCAAUCAAAUAAACGGAGCAUCUCAGCGCUGUUCAUGAAUCCAUGUCUGCUUACAGAAAUACAGUGCUCGGUUAUAUAAAUAUAAGAUUGAUUUCUGUCCCAGAUUCAACAGUUCAUUGUGACCCAUAGGUUCUUCAGAUCCUCUGUGCUGCUGAACUGUGACUGAAGUGUGAAUAACUGUGCUCUGUUUUCAUCUCUCAUGUGUUUUCUGUUGUUGUGAUCAUCAAAAAAGAGAUGAUGA